AUGAAACGCGCGAAGGAACGCGCGGUUUCGAAAAUCACCGCGGUGGACGCGAAAGUAAAACGAAACGACGUCGCGAUGGAGAACGACGCGAUGCGGAUAUACGACGACAGCUUCUCCAUGCGCGCGCGCGCGGAGGACACCCUGCUGAAUCGCGGGACGAUCGAACCGAUGGUGUCGGACACGAAACGCGCGUUGCGAGAGACGGAGGACGAAUGCAAACACGCCGUCCGACGACUCAACGCCGCGCUCGUCAACCUCGGCACCGCGAUCGCGCCCGCGCUCGACGUGAAAGAGCACAUAGACGCGGCGACGAAGGAAGAUCUGCUCCAUCUCACGGACGCGGUCGAGGUCAUCGAGUGGAAAGCCGCGGACAGGGCGGUGAUGGCGUGGGAGCGGUUCGUAGACGCGGCUUCCCGCGUGGAGGACCUUCUGCGACCGCGGGCGCGGGCGCGCGUGGUGUUGGAGGAAAAAAUAAAACGGCUUGAAGAAGGGCGUUUCGUGACGAUAGAAGAGGACGAGGAGAUGCGCGACCGCGGACGGAAAGAUGUCGUGAACAGAGUCCGAUUGAAGUUGCGGGGCGGCGGCGACGGCGGCGGCGGCGACUCGCCGUCCUCUGUCGACGGCGACGGCGACGUCUUGGACGAGGAGGACGUGCCGUCGCCGCCGACGAGCAAUCCGCCGCUUCGGGCGUAA